CAGACGAACGCGAGGCUCAGUGUUGCAGAGAACGUCGUCGCUUGCGGACGUCGCGCUCCCUCUCUCUCGAAAUGGCAAGCGAGACGACAGAACAAAUGGCCCAAAUGAGUUUAGGGGAAAUUUACACCUCGGAGAAACAUGGCUCGGAUGAGACGGGGGACGGCACUGCUGACCGGCCCUUGAAGACAGCCAUGCAGGCCAUGCGCAAGGCAGGCAAGGAGCCUUUCCCCACCAUCUAUGUUGACGCGAAAGAGGAAGGACAGAGUGAGGGGCCCAAGGUGUCGGGCAACAGCAAUGCAAUUGCCGAUAUGGCUCCUUGCCUGCAAGCGCUGGACAUGCACCUGUGCGAGUCCAGUUACCUUGCAGGCCACCAGCCGACACAGGCUGACACUCUCGCCCACCAGCGGCUAAGAGGGGGGGCCAUAGCGACAGCAGAGGCCCAAGGUGGAGACUCCCAUGGCUACCCCCAUGUCGCACGCUGGUGGAGACACAUUGAGAGUUUCGGCAGCGAGAGGGAGGGAUUUCCCUCUGCUGACCCUGCUGUUCUGGAGCGGUUUAGCUUAGGGGAUGUGCGUUUAUCGCAGAAAUAUGAAGUGAUUGCAAAGAGUCAGUUGAAGAAGCUCACAAAACUAUGGAAGGAUGAGUGCAAAAAGAUCGAAGCUCGGCUCAAGAAAGAGAAGGAGGAUGCGGAGAAGAGAGCAAAGGCCAUAGAAGAAGCCAAGAAGAUCGUGAUCACAGAAGACGAGAGCCUGCCCGCCCCCGUAUGCAUCAAGAUCCGCGACGGAAAGGAGCACAGAGGGAAGCGCGUCAAAAUCAGGGGAUGGGUCCACCGGCUGAGGAGGCAGGGUAAAAACAUGAUGUUCAUCGUUCUGCGAGAUGGCUCAGGAUACCUACAGUCAGUGCUGACGGACCAGCUUUGCCAGACGUACGAGGCUAUCAUCCUCAACACUGAAAGCACCGUCACUCUGUACGGUAUGCUGCAGGAGGUGCCAGAGGGGAAGGAGGCUCCAGGUGGACAUGAACUCCAAGUAGAUUACUGGGAGCUGGUAGGAGAGUCACCAGCUGGUGGUGCUGAGGCAGAGAUCAACCAGCUGUCCAACCCUGAUGUGCAGCUGGACAAGCGACACCUCAUGAUCCGCGGAGAGAACUGCUCUAAGGUGCUGCGGCUGCGUUCAAUCCUCAUGAAGGCCUUCGUGGACCACUACACGGACCGCGGUUACGAGUGGAUAUCCCCCCCAACCCUGGUGCAGACGCAAUGCGAGGGAGGGUCCACGCUCUUUGACUUCAAUUUCUUUGGCGAGAAGGCCUACCUCACUCAGUCCAGCCAGCUGUACCUUGAGACGUGCAUUCCCAGUUUUGGUGAUGUGUUCUGCAUUGAGCAGAGUUACCGAGCGGAGCAGUCACGCACCAGAAGGCAUCUGGCAUCUUACACUCACGUUGAGGCCGAGUGUCCCUUCAUUAGCUUCGACGACCUCCUGGAUCGCAUUGAGGAUCUGGUGUGUGAUGUGGUGGACCGUGUGUUGAAGCACCCCGUGGGCGGAGACCUGAUGAAGGACCUCAACCCUGAGUUCGUGGCACCGACUCGGCCCUUCCUCAGAAUGCCCUACAAAGAUGCCAUCCAGUACCUCAAGGACAAUGACAUCACCAAAGAGGACGGGACACUCUAUGAGUUUGGAGAGGACAUUCCCGAGAUGCCUGAGCGCAAGAUGACAGACAAGAUCGGCAGACCAAUCCUGCUGAACCGCUUCCCUGCGGGUAUCAAGGCCUUCUACAUGUCCCGCUGCGAGGACGACAAGAGCCUCACUGAAUCUGUCGACUUGUUAAUGCCAGGCGUGGGAGAGAUUGUCGGAGGCUCAAUGAGGAUGCACGAUUACCAAGAACUCAUGGAUGCUUACAAGGCUAAUGAAUUGGACGCAAAGCCAUACUAUUGGUAUACUGAUCAGGUAAGUCUUUUCGGUCAUUAUUCGUUAAUACAAUUGGGCGAGUGUGUUUUGAUAAUCCAUGUUUUUAUUCAGUCGACUGCCCCUUUUACUGUGCCUGCUGAUCCUACCUGCUUGUGUGGAAAGGCCUGCACCUGGAUAAGUAGUUUUACCAUAGUAUUGUUUAUUGGAGUCUUUACCUUUUGCUAUGCCCCAUCAGUUCCCCCUCUCUACCCUUUCACUGGUACUGUUGAACCUGUGACUCUGCUGUAA